AUGAAGCAGCUGGAUUUGGAGAUCAUGGGCUGGCAUGGUUACACGUGGUCUGCGGUUGUGAGGCGGGAUGUGCCGGAUUUUGGGCCAGACAGGAACUGGAAAGGUAUCGCCAUCUCUCUGCUGGUCAUCGUGGUCAUACUGUCACUCAUUGGACUGGCCAUCGCUCUUCUUUCCAAAAAUGAUGGCGCGAAGUCUUUAGGCACCCAAUUGACACUGGAUGACCUCUUUCAACGAGAGUUCCAGGUGCAUGACCCUGAUGCUAAGUGGAUCAAUGAUGAGGAGAUCAUUUUCAGGAGCUGGGACGGUGACGUGUUCAAAGCCAACACGCAGAGCAACGAGACACACCUCUUACUAAAAAACACCACUUUUGCAACAUUUAAGGCCUCCAAGUUUGCAGUUUCUCCAGAUCUAAACUUUGUUCUUCUGGGCUAUGACGUGAAACAGGUGUACCGGUACUCUUUCCUGGCAUCCUACUUGAUAUACAACCUGCAUACAAGGGAGGUACAGGAGCUGAACCCUCCAGAGGUGUCGGACUCGGUUCUGCAGUUUGCUUCUUGGGGCGUUCGGGAUCAACAGCUGGUGUAUGUCUUUGAAAACAACAUUUACUACCAGACGGAUGUCAAAAGCAGUUCUUGGAGACUGACGUCUUCAGGGCGAGAAGGAGUGGUCUUCAAUGGCAUCGCUGAUUGGUUAUAUGAAGAGGAAGUGCUGCACUCUCAAGUGGCUCACUGGUGGUCCCCUGACGGGUCACGACUGGCCUACCUCAACCUCAACGACACUCUGGUACCCAACAUGCUCCUGCCUCGCUUCACUGGCGCCCUCUACCCCAGGGGCCAACUGUACCCUUACCCCAAGGUGGGGCAGGUCAAUCCCACAGUUAAGCUUUACGUCGUCACCUUGGAUGGGGGAUCCCAGACAACUGAACUGCGACCUCCCAACAGCUUUGAAAAUAGUGACUACUACAUAACCAUGGUGAAAUGGGUCACAGAGGAGAAGAUCGGUGUGCGCUGGUUGAACCGAGCACAGAACACCUCCAUUCUGUCGCUAUGUGAGGUCACCAUGGGGGCAUGUCUAAAAAAACAUGUGAUUACAUCAGAGAAGUGGCUUGACCGUCAGAAUGAAGAGCCAUUGUUUUCCAAGGAUGGGAAUACCUUCUUCCUGACCAUGCCAAUAAAACAUGGCGGACGAGGGUCAUUCCACCACAUCACCAUGAUAUCUGACCAGUUCAAUGGUGAUGAGGUCAACAUGCGCCACCUGACCUCUGGCAGCUGGGAGGUGUCUCAGAUCCUGGAGUAUGAUGAGGAAGCAGAUACAGUUUAUUUCCUCAGCACAGAAGAUAGUUCAAUACAAAGACAACUGUACAGAGUGUCGGCGGUAAACCCAUUUCAACGUGAAUGCCUGACCUGCUCCCUGUUCAAAACACAAUGCUCCUACUACGAUGCAGUCUUCAACCCAGACAAUCAGUAUGUCCUGCUGAACUGUAGAGGUCCUGGUAUACCAAGAACCACCCUUUACAAACUGAAUGACAUGAGCAAGAAUUACACUUUGGAGAAGAACACUGCACUAAGAGAUGCACUGAUAUUUAGGAAUAUACCAAGGAGAGAUAUCAGGACCCUACAAAUCAACAACUUUGCACUUCGUCUGGAGCUGACCUUGCCAAUAGAUUUUGAUGAGGCCACAGCGUAUCCACUUCUGCUGAUCCUUGACAGUGCCCCCGGUGGCCAGGCGGUGAGUGACCAGUUUGUUCUUGACUGGGACUCUGUUCUGGUCAGCUCGGAUAACGUCAUCGUGGCUCGCCUGGACGGCAGUGGGAGUGGGUUCCUGGGCCAGAGGGUCCUACAUGAAGUCCACCAGCGUUUGGGAACCGUGGAGGUGCAGGACCAGAUCGCAGCAGUAGAGUACCUGACCAAGCUGCCAUAUGUGGAUAAAAAUAAUGUUGCUGUUUAUGGAAAGGCUUAUGGGGGUUUCCUGAGCUCUCUUCUACUCCUCUCCUCUGGCUCCAUGUUCAGAUGUGGGGUUGCAGUUGCUCCCGUGACAGACUGGAGACUCUACGGUUCGGCCUUCACUGAGCGUUACUUUGGGUUCCCGGUCCAGGAUGAGCGUAAAUACCAACUCUCCAGCCUGCUUCCCAACAUCACAGGCACAGGUCAACGGAAGUUUCUCAUCAUCCAUGGAACAGCAGAUGCCACCGUUCAUUUCCAGCAUUCCGCGGAGCUGGUGAAACUUCUGUCAAUAUCAAACGUUAACUACACUCUGCAGAUCUUCCCAGACGAAGGCCACAACAUUUACUCUGUGAAGAGCCAACGCUACUUGUUGAACUCUGUCAUGACCUUCUUCAGGGAAUGCUUCCUAGUGGAAAUCCCUGUAGCUCAUCCUGUGUCUGAGGAUGACUAG